UGUUAUGCUGUUGGUCUAGUUUAUGAUCUGCAUUUCGCCCUCGGCUUUAAUUUUUUACACCCUCUCAAAUCUAGGAUUAUAAUGUAAUACUGUUAUUAUCUGCUUCGUAAUUACGUGCUUACAGUUCUGUCAAUAAUUAAUGGUAUUCACUUACUUUAUUUCAGUCGUGAAGUAAAAUUUUCUCCAUUUCUUCAACCUAGUUCUUCAUGCUGUCCUAUUGAAGAUAAUGAAUUCCAGUAGCCUUUUCAAGUCCUCUUUUCGAGGACUUGAUGACAGUUUAAGUUCGUUACCAUCAAGUGUCCAAGCCAGCCAUGCUCGUCGGGAAAAAGCUCUGGCCAGCAGUUUCCUCAAUGACUCUGAUGUUUAUUCUCAUCGACCAUCCAAGUACCUGAAUGAUCUCUCGAUCACAAUAAAUCAGAAUGAAAUGUCAGAGCUUUUUGACUCUACUGUCGCUACCACUACUACCAAACAACCUGAUACAGUUUGUGAUUCCCUUUUCCGAGAAUUCCAAGAAAUUUUGGAGUCUCAUAGCUCUUCAGGACAAAUUUUCCAAACUAUUUCUGAUCUUGAACAAAAUUGCACCAAUGCCAUUGAAAUCCUUUCAGAAAACAAAUUUAAUUCCUCUGCUGAACUAUCUCGACUGGAACUUGAAAGAAAUACCUGGAGAUUAUUGAAUGCUCUUUAUCAGAACAGGUUGAACCCGGACAAUAUGGACGAAGAUGAAGCUAUGAACUUAUUCUCACCAAGUGAUCGUGACACAGUUGCUCUUAUUUUGAACAACAGCAACCGUCUGAGAGAGUGGCAGUUAGUCAUUGAUUGGCUGGAAAAGUGUGCUGCAGAUCAGUCCAAGCGUGCGAUGCAGCCAAUGGUUGGCCAUUUCUUAGACAAAACAGUUGGCUGGGAAAACACAUUGUACCAGUUACAGAAUACUCAAAUAACUUAUCAAAGCUCAAGACCAAUCAUCACCGAAUUGGAUCCUGAUGCUCCUGCCCGUCAGAAGAAGCCUCUUCACGACCUAGAUGCGGAAGAUGAAACCAGACUAUUUGAACAAAUUUUAGCAGAAAUUCGGUGUGGUCGUUUAGAUUCUGCACAGAGCUUAUGCUAUCAUUGUGGGCAGCCCUGGAGAGCUGCAAUUUUAGAAGGCUGGAGGCUCUAUCAUGAUCCAAACUAUACAGCAGCUGAUUCUUCAGAGCUGUAUCCAAUCGAGGGAAAUCCAAAUAGAGGAAUCUGGAAGUUGUGCGCCUAUCGCUUGUCAGAAGAGUCCAAAUGUUCUCCAAUCUGGCGUGGAAUUUUAGGUGCUCUGUGUGGAAAUAUCAGGGCACUAUUACCUGUUUGCAAACAGUGGGAAGAUCUGUUGUGGGCAUACGUGAAAGUGCUCGUUGAUGUUCAAGUGGAGAAGGAGCUUCGAAGCUACAGUACUGCUGCUCCCAUGCCUCCAGCAUAUUGGAAUUAUCAGUUGAGUAUGGAUGAGAUUUUCCAAGAACUCUCAGGUAACCCCGACUUCAAAAUCCGCAAUGAAGCCCAAAAGCCCUCUCGCAUUAUUCAACAACUCUUGAUCCUUAAUCGACCAUCAGAGCUCAUGUCAACAAUGGCGCAAUGGGUCACGCAAGAAGCCUGUGACCCACAUUUGAUCCGUACUGCUGCACAUUUAGUUUUAAUCUUGAGGUUGCUUGGUCAGUCUUUCAGUAGCGCCAGCAGUGAUACCAUCUUGCGUGCCUAUGUUAAGGUUUUAAUGAAUCUUCGGGAUCCAAAUUUAGUAGCGUACUAUACUGCAACACUCUCCCGUGAUGAUCAGAUAUCUCUCUACUCCCAAUUUUUGGAGACAAUCACCGGGCUGGAAGAGCGAGCUGCUUGCCUGGAAGCUGCAAGUGUAUGCUCCUUACCAGUUGAAGUUAUCGUUCAGAAGGUUGUGGAAAACAGCAGAUUAAAAGAGUCUGAUCUUUCUACUACACUGGUUCCUGAAACUUCAGAGGAAGAUAAUGCAAAGAUUUCAGCCCUUGAUUGGAUAGUAUUCUACGAAAGCCAACGAGCGGAGGCAUUGUGGCAAACAAACGCGCUUGUCCGGUACUUCAUAUCUCAUGACAAGCUUGAUGCAGCUCGCAAAGCUUUUGAUAAGAUUCCACCAAAUUCUGUUGUUCUUGUCUUGACUCAGCACCAUUGUUCUGUCAUUGAUGAUGUCACAGAUUUCAGCAGAAUGCCAAGUAGAGUCAAUUGUGCAGUGCGAGAAUUUUUGUGCUACAAAGCAUAUCUAGCUGCCGAAGAAUCGUUCGUUGAUUGGUUCAAAUUGUUAAAUGAGCGUCCUCAGAUGUUAAAUGAGUUACCUGAAACCGCAACUUAUUCGGAAAAAGUUGCAUAUGAACAUCUAAUAGCCCAGUAUAAAAAUGAGUACAAAAGGUGGAAGUUGGCAUUGGACCAUCAAACAAAGGCUGUGAAAGAAACAUUUCAUAAUAUGAUUUUAUUCCCGGACGGAGGAUGGCUCCGAGAUCCACCAAACACAGAACAAGAUGACCCAACAAGAGCACAUCAGAUGGCCGCUCUGCGGAAGCUCUGCAUCCCAAAGAUGGUUUUAUUGCUUCACAAAGUUCUCCAUAGCAACGGAGAUUAUCAAGAGUGCAUACAAUUAUCUGAACUUGUCGUAGAUGAAACUCAUAAAAUUUACAAGGAAUAUGGCAAACAAGAAUUGAAUGAGCUUCUUUUGAAAAUUUGCGACUCGUCUGCUGCUCUUCUAGAUGAGAAUAAAGAUGCUUUUGGCUAUCCAUUAUCAUCAUAACUACCUGCGUGAGUUAAAAUGCAAGUCCUGUUUUCGUACUGAUGUUCUGUCUCAAAUUAGUGUUCUUGGGUGAAAUUUUAACCAGUGACAGAAAAAAUCUCUUUGAAGAAAAUUACGGGUUAUUUUAUGAAAAGAAUUCUGUGAUCAUUAAAUCUUCAUGCCUAACUGUGUCCAAGAAAAUGUAUUUCAAAGUUACUUUUGCUCUUCAAAGCAAUAAGAAAACUGCCGUUGUUUCCUACCAUCAUCAUUAAACUGCAAAUUUUUUCAAUCAUUGAAAUUGUUUUGAUCAUGGACAAAAUUUUUAGAAACAUAGCAUUCCCAAAUGCAUCAAAAAGGGGGAUUGGCAAUGGGAAAUUUUGCAUGCUGCAAGCACCUCUUGCGGUUUUGAAAUCUCUUAAAAACUUAGAUUUACGGAAAAAUUAAAAUUGUACCAGCCUCAUCCAUUUUUCUGAUCUUGCUCAAAUGGUUUUUGAGUAAAAUAAGUAGACAUAAAAAAGAAGAAGAAAAGAAAUAGGAAGAAGACAUCCAUAUGCACUAAGAGUUUUAAGGAUGGAAACUUUCUAAGAGAUGACACUACUGAGAUACGUAUGAUGAUCUUCUAAUUUUUUGAUUAAGAUGGGUCGUUCCUGCCUAUUGAUGUCCAUAUGUGAACAUUAUACUGGCAGUCAAUAACCCACCUCUGUAUAAAUGGUCUUUUUAUACUUACCAUUUUCUCUGCCUGUUAAUAUGUAUGUAAAUUGAUUUGAUUAAGUGUAAUUAGACUCAAGUUAACUUUUUAAUUUUCUAACAGUUGGUAAUCUUUAGAUGUCUUUGAAGAUGAAUGAAAUUGUGUUUCAAACAUACAAACUGAGCAAAUUAAAUAACAUUACGUAAAUUGAAAGAUUUUUCAGACAUCAAGUCAUGUAUAUUCCUGGUGGGUGAGGAGCAGAAUUUCCAUCUUCUCUUUUAUUUUUCUCCCAAGAAAAUCCUGUGUAUAGUUAAAUCUUUGUCAAAAAAAAAAAAAAGAAGUCAAGUUGAAAUAUUUUCAUGGGUGUUUUGAACCAAAAUUCGAAUAAAUAAACAGCAGUCUGCAGUAUGUAUUCCAACUUCUUUCCAACUGUUAAGGUUGUUUUGAAAUUAAAACACAAAUAAGGCAAGUUUUAGCAAAAGCAGAGACUUUAUUAUCGCAUUGACAUGCUAGAUACCUCUCAUCUGGCAUGCCUAUGGCAUACCUGUUGAUUUUUAUUAAGAUAUUUUAGUUUUGUAAAGUGCUGUAAUCUGUAUUAAGUGUAUUUGACUGUGUCUGUAAUCACUUUGAUGUUCAUUUUUUUAUCUGAGAAAAGAAAAGUAAGUACAAUUUUCUACAAGAUA